GGAUUUGAUUUCGCCCAUUCCAAGCGAUCGCCGCGAUGAGCACGGGCGUCCGACCACGCUCCGCGCAGCCUCCACAGCGAAGAGGAUGGGCCCAUGGAGACAUCUUGGUGGAAGAGAGCGAUCUCGGUGCCGAUGCUGCGCCGGUGCGGCCAGCGGUGGCGGCGAAGACGGCGCUUCCGCGGCUUUACCGCGUUGUCACGUGCGCGCUCCUCUUCCUCGUGGGCACGGCUGCGCUCAUGUACCGCAACCUCGAACUGCAAAGCGCGCGCGAAGACCGUCUUCUCAUCGAGAUCCAGCAUUCCAUCGCGGAGAUGGACCAGAUUGCAGCGGCUGCGGCCACGAUGGAGGCCCACGCGCAGCGACUGGCGUCGAUUGCGCAGACGCAGCUCGAUGCGCAGAUGCACGAGCUCACGAACGGCCGGCUCGUGACGCAGCAAGAGAAGAUCCGCGCUGAAGUCGACGCGAUCCACGUUGAAACCAUGCAGCACAUGCAGUCGAUGAUGGAAGCCAUGGUCGAAACGACGCGCAAGGAGGCCCUCGACAUGAUGCUCCACCUCUCGGACGACCUCGCGCGCGAUCCAAUCGCACCUGUCGAGGUCGAGCCUACGAGCGAUGACGAGUCGGCCUACGAGCAAGCUGUGAAGCCGACCCAUGUGCCGACGCCGGCCGCGCCCGUGCCUGUCGCCCGCCCAUCGAACGUGACCAAGCCCUCCCGUCCGAGCGCACUCGACAUGCUCUCAACGCCUCGCUUCUGGGUCUUCUCGACGCUGUGCACGACGUGUAUCGUCCUCAUCGUGGUCUCGUGCAUGCAGCGGCGUGCUACGUUCGUGCGCUAUCGCCUCGCAACUCAGCGCUUCUUGCACCGCAUUCGGCUUUGCCUCUACACGGUCUGGAUUCGCAUUUGCCGUGUCUUUGGCGUCGGGCGCCGCGCGUGGCACUGGCUGCUGCUCAAGAAGACGCAGCUCUCGACCGCCGUCUACUGGUCACCGACCAAGGGCGACGUGCCCCCCUCGCCGUACCACGAUCGCGACCAAGGCGAUGAUGAUGAUGAUGAUGUGGAAGACGAAAGCGUGUACUUUUACCCGCAGACGCCCAACCCGGACCGCCAGACGCCUGGCCGCACCAACGCGCCCCGCGUGCAGUUCAGCUUUAGCGACGACGAAGACGACGGUCUCGAUGUGACGAGCUCGUUUGGCCGGCAGUCGCACUAUGUCAAUGCACAGUCGUACGAAGACGUCUUGACGCCGCUGCCCGCGGCGCGACUCCCAAAAGCGGGCUUCCAGUUUGGUCAACGUGCCCAUACGCAGCUCGGGCCGUAG